AUGUCGCGUAAAAAACUGAAUACAGCAGAUGAACAAGAUUUCGAUUCUGAAGAUGAGAAUCAGGCUGAAUAUGGUUUAAUUUCUAACACGCUUGUAAGCAACUGCAUUUACUCAACCGAUGUUCUAAUUAAUGCAAUCAAUUUGAGUAUCCUGGAUGAUUUUGGACCGGCGACUCCAGCUGCAUCUGUUUCAUCAGAGGAAGAAGCUCCAGCCGCUUCCACUCCAAUUCCACCCAUUACAACAGGUGAUUCCAUUGCUAUGCAAUCUCGAUCCAACAAACGUCGACGUGAACCUUUUACUGAGCUGGAAUUCGAGGAUUAUGGACCUGCUGGUCUUUUCGCCAAUUGCACCAUUGCGCCCUGUGUCGUCGGGCCAGCUGAGCCCAACGCCGCCAAGGGGGCAGCGGAGACCUUGGCUUCGGCAGCGGCACAGUCAUUAGCAGUUCCUGGUGGAACGCCCAAGGCAACUUCGGAAGCGGUGGUAGCGGUGGUUCCAACCACAACAAUAGCAACGACGAUAGCAACAACGAUAGCAAUGGCCCUUGCUACACCGGCGGUGGCCCCGACGUCCGGCCCAACAAUAUCGACCAUACCAGCAACGACACCGGUGGCCCUUUGGAAAACGCGAACGAGCUGGGUGCGAGCGUUGAAGAAGGAGGAGCUGAUCGAGCUGCUGCAGGAGUUUGGGAUCGACGACGCGGGCACCGUGGAAACGCUGAGAACACGCUUCGCCACGUUUGUGAAAGCGGCGGGGCCGAAACACCAGUUACGCCUAGAACUGCUAGCGGCCCGCUAUGAGUCACGUCCGGUGAGUCCUGUACCGCCGAAGGCACAACUGGAGGUCCCCAAGCGAGAGGAAGGUUCGCCCGGCAUGCACCUGCCGCCUACGGAAGCUGCGGCAUCGCCAAGAACACCGACCGAGCAUCCCAAGACACCAUCAACGGGGCCAUUAGCGGCAACAGCACCAGCUGGGGCUGCACCAGUGACCGUGACCGCCACCACCACCUAUACGACAGAAGCGCCAGCGGCGCCAUGCGUGACCACGAACCAGAUCGUUGCCACGACGGUGGUGACGACCCUCGCCACACCGUCGAUGGUCUCGACGGCCGGGCCGGCCGUGUCAACCGCAUCCGCGGCUGCAAACGGAGAAUCUGUUACCACGCCUCUGGCUGAUGCUAUUAAAGUGCAAUUCUACAAGCGCAAGGUAGAGUCGCUUUAUCAAUCCGUGAAAAAGAAGCAUAGUGCCAUGGAUGGUGAUAAGAUUACCAUUUUGAACUACGACGAGUUGACCACUUAUGACAAUAUUCUCGAUAAAUUGUGGUCAUCAUUUAAUUCAGUGCAUGAAGAACUCGAGGAAUUAUGUUUCGAGGAAAUUGACAGUCAGUUGCGAGAGGACUUUUGUUAA